AUGUCGCAAAAUGACGGGCCUGACUUCAGCCUCUCCGACGAGAUUCUCGCCGUGAUCCCGACGGACCCCUAUGAUCAACUCGAUCUGGCGAGGAAGAUCACUUCCAUGGCGAUCGCGUCCAGGGUUUCGAAUCUAGAGUCCCAAGUCUCCGGGCUCAGGCAGAUGCUUGCAGAGAAAGAUCGUCUUGUCCAUGAGCUCCAGGGCAGAGUUUCUUCCCUGGAAAGUCUCUACCACGAGGCUGACUCCUCUUUCAAGAAUGCCCUCGAUGAAAAUAUGAAACUUACUCAAGAGCGAGAUUCACUCGCAAUCACUGCCAAGAAACUCGGUCGUGAUUUUGCCAAGCUCGAAGCAUUCAAGAGACAACUGAUGCAGUCAUUAAAUGAUGAGAAUCCAUCUCAAUCCGAGACAAGUGAUGUCAGAAUGGUUCCUCGAGACCAAGCAGAGGAUCAUUCAAAUGGCUUAUCAUCAUCAGCAGUAGCACACGGUUCCUACCCAAACAACGAAGGUUCAAGUGAAGCGAGGGAAAGAGUCUCUUUGACACCGCACUUGUCUCCUGCUUUGACUCCACCGAGAAGCUACUCAGCUGCUUCAUCGCCAAUGCAAUACUCUGGCGCUGCAUCUCCAACAUCUUCACAUUAUGAUAUCCGCCUCUGGUCUUCAUCAAGCCAGCAAUCUUCUCUACCAAACUCUCCUCCUCGCUCACAUUCUUCUGCUUCAGCUCGCCAUCCCCGGAUUGAUGGGAAAGAGUUCUUUAGACAAGCCAGGAGCCGUUUGUCUUACCAACAGUUCAGUGCGUUUUUGGCUAACAUCAAGGAACUCAACGCUCGAAAGCAGAGCCGAGAGGAAACGCUGCGGAAAGCGGAAGAGAUAUUCGGGACGGACAAGAAUGAUCUUUACAUAUCCUUUAAAGGACUCCUCACUAGCGGCCGUUAA